UUAGUCCGGUUAAAUUCAGUCACAGGAGCUUUGCGUCGGAGAGGUCGUACUUAAGAGAACAGACAGAUCAGAAGUAGACUACAUAUUGCCUUUAAAAUAUCACCUGCACUCAAGCGAAACUCAGAGAUACGCAACUUUAUCACAUUGCUGUGAAACUUGAUCUACACGGUUCCAAAUGUCAGCACGUGACGCAACCUGCGUUUGAGAACACAUGGAAUACGAUGUGAGAGGACAAACAAUUUAACAAUGUAAAUAUUUAUAUUGAUGGGUACUGAAUAAAAUGGAUGGGCGUCCAUUUGUUAUUUUUGAUUCGGAGGAACUUUGAUUCUGAUGGACACAAGACGAUACUGCAGGUGACAGGUCUGCUAUUGGACGGGUGACUCUUCCACCCCCCCUUCACUCCACCACCACCCUGCCAGCCACGUAGACCCCCCCCCCCCAGCGUCUCAGCCUGCACCCAUGUAUCAGGAAGUGGCCUUCCUCGCGGGAAGCACCGAACACCAGUUCACCACCUUCCACUUCAAGCACCCCAAGAACCUGCACGAGAUCACCACCAACAAGGGCGUCUUCUACAAGAGGGCCAAGCUCCUGGACCGGGAUGAGGACUUAUACCGGGUCCCGUCCCACGCAGACGCCUGCCGUGCUGGCGGCUCGGCCAUCAUCAACGUGGGGGGCAUCAAGUACCGCAUACCCUGGAGCACCCUGGACGAGUUCCCCCUCAGCCGGCUGGGCAGGCUGAAGACCUGCCACAACCACGAGGAGAUCAUGGACGUGUGCGACGACUACGACGUCAGCCGGAACGAGUUCUUCUUCGACCGCAGCCCCGGUGCCUUCCGCACCAUCGUCAGCUUCCUGGCGGCGGGGAAGCUCCGCCUCCUGCGGGAGAUGUGCGCCCUGUCCUUCCAGGAGGAGCUGCUGUACUGGGGGGUGGAGGAGAGCAGCCUGGAGUGGUGCUGCCUUCGCAAGCUGCGUCUCCGGCAGGAGGAGGUGCGAGAGGCGCAGCGGGAGGAGGCCGAGCUGUCGUCCCUGCCCAGCGACGAGCGGGAGCCCAGCGCGUGUUCUGACGAGGGCCAGGCCUCGGGCUGCAUGCACCGCCUCAGGGACAUGGUGGAGAACCCCCACUCGGGGCUCCCCGGGAAGAUCUUCGCCUGCCUGUCCGUCAUCUUUGUGGUCAUCACUGCCGUUACCCUCUGCGUCAGCACCAUGCCGGACCUGCGGGCUGAGGAGGAGAGCGGCAAGUGCACCCAGAGAUGCCACAACAUCUUCGUGCUGGAGACGGUGUGCGUGGGCUGGUUCUCCCUGGAGUUCCUGCUGCGCUUCAUCCAGACGCCGAGCAAGUGUCACUUCCUGCGCACCCCGCUCAACAUCAUCGACAUGGUGGCCAUCUUGCCCUACUACAUCACGCUCAUAGUGGACUCGCUGUCCAUGCGCGAGAAGCCGGCCGGCUCGGGCAACAGCUACCUGGAGAAGGUGGGGCUAGUUCUGCGGGUGCUGCGGGCGUUGCGGAUCUUUUACGUGAUGCGGCUGGCCCGGCACUCACUGGGCCUGCAGACGCUGGGGCUGACGGUACGCCGCUGCACGCGCGAGUUUGGCCUGCUCCUCCUCUUCCUCUGCGUGGCCAUGGCCCUCUUCGCCCCCCUGGUCUUCUUGGCGGAGAGCGAGAUGGGCGACAAGCAGGCCUUCACCAGCAUCCCAGGGAGCUACUGGUGGGCCGUCAUCUCCAUGACCACGGUGGGCUACGGCGACAUGGUGCCGCGGAGCAUUCCGGGCCAGGUGGUGGCACUGAGCAGCAUCCUGAGCGGGAUCCUGCUCAUGGCCUUCCCCGUCACGUCCAUCUUCCACACCUUCUCGCGCUCCUACCUGGAGCUCAAGGAGGAGCAGUAUCGGGCGUCCAGGCAGAAGCCUGACUCGCAGGACAGCACCAAGUCCCAGAAUAGCGAGGACUCCCAGGAGAUGGACCACUCCUACGCGCUGGAGGCCACUGCCCACAGGAAGUCGGUAGCUGUAGCGACGCAGAAAGCCCUGGAAAGAAGGAGACCCCUGAAGACCUAAUGCCAAACCCUGCCUACAGCCCCACAUGGGGGGGGGGGGAGGUUUUGGGUUUGCAUCGAAGGUGUCGCUGCUUUGGGGGGCUGGUUCUCGGCACCUUGCGCUGUAUAGCCGUUUGGCCAAGCUUUCACACAAAAAAGCGUGUAGAACUUAUGUGGAAAAGGAGCUUUCCCUAAGACAGAGGAAAAAUUAUUUUUACAGAUCUUACAGUUGAAUCAUUUAGGGAUAUAUGGAAAAUGCCUAUCGUUUAAAUGUUUAUGCAGAAGUACGACUAGAUAGCACAGCGAAGAGCAUUGAGAAAAAACAAAUAUUCACUCUGCUGCUUUUUAGAAAUCUAUUAUGAGGAAAAAUUUCAUUUUGGUAUGUCUACAAUGAACUGCAAUAAUGGAUCAGUUCUGCAAUGAACUGUAUACAAUUGAAAUAUUUACGUUUUCUGUAUGGUUUGCUUCUAGAUUCUAGACUCAGGUACAGCUGGUUUUAAUAAAUGUAAUGAACAUGGAAAAUAUGUCCUCUUGUGUAUUACAGUGUACAACCUUAAUAUUUCUAUUGUUACACAUGAAAUGUCUAAUAUUGGCUGACAAUGAGACCAGAAGUCUC